UGUGGAGCAGGUACUCGUUUUCUUUUUUUUUAUUUUUUAUUUUUUCUAAUUGCAACUUCAUUGAAUUUCAAGGCCACAAAGGCCUGAGCAGGUACUUAUUCACUUGGCUUCUCACGUUCAAUUUUCAUUAGAUCGAUCUCUUUCUCUCCUUCAAUGGGAAAUAACAACCAUGAUUUUAGUCCCUUCUUAUUUCCCUCUACAACCCCUUUUGUUCCAUUUUCUGGUUCUUCUUUUUCUUCUUCUUAUUCAGUAUCACCGUAUUCUCCAUCGUCUCCAAGUCUAAAUUCCCCUUCUGAAUCUUACCCAAGUCUUCCCCCCCAUCCUGCCCAAUCUUCUUCAAGUUCUUUCAAUCCUUCUGCUGAUGCUGGUAAUCUUGGACCAUGCGCUGCCUGCAAAAUCCACCGUCGGCGAUGCACUGACAAGUGUUAUGUAGCUUCCUACUUACCACCCACUGAUUCACACAAAUUCACCGUCGUUGAUGGAAUGGUUGGAGCUGCCAAUAUCUUCAGCUACUUGCAGAAUAACAAUUCAUCUUCAUAUGUUCCACUAUUAUUAUUGUUGAGAGACGCAACUACUCAAGAUGGAGAACUCCAGGCAGAUAUCAAUGGACACAAGCACACAAGUACUCAGCAAGAUCCGAAAAUCUUAUCUGCUGCGUCUAAUGGGGAUCCAUUUUUUAAUGAUGAUGGGGACGGAAUCACUGCGCUCAAAUCAUUGGUUCGCGUUUCCGAAGGGUAACGUUUUUUUCUUUCUUUUUUUCCUCUACAAUUCUUCACUAAAUUUCACAUUGUUUAAGUAAUAUUCUUUAAAUUCAAUUUGCACUAAAAAAUACUAUAACUUUAAAUUAGCACUACAUAUAAAGUCUCUCACACCAUUUUUGGAUGGUA